AUGGCUCAACUUGGACCUUCAUAUGGAUCCCUGCUUGCUAGUCAAAGAAAGAUCGCCGCAAAACGUGAUCCAAAUCUUGAUCGAGAAGUGCAAGAAUGGAUUGAAGCUAUAAUUGGAGAGAAAUUUCCAGAUAUUCCUUAUGAAGACGCAAUCAAGGAUGGUGUCAUUCUGUGCAAAUUAAUGAAUAAACUUCAACCAAAUGCUAUUCCGAAAUAUGCAACAUCGGGUGGAUCAUUUAAACUUCGUGAAAAUAUUUCACUUUUUCAAAAUGCUGCUCGUGACUAUGGUAUAGCGGAAGCUGAACUUUUUCAAUCUAUUGAUCUUUUUGAGAAACGCAAUAUUCCACAAGUAACUCGGUGUUUAUUUGCAGUUGCUCGAGAAGCACGUAAACAUAAAUUCAAUGGUCCACUGCUAGCCUCUACAAUGUCUCAAGCCAAUACACGUGAAUCCGUUGGGGGAAAAUAA